GUUCUCUACAACUAUUCAGCGAUGUAGUAUUUUACUUGAUUAGAUUCGACACGCACUUCGUUUGGUACUUGCUAGUGCACUACUCCGGAACCACAAACUUCUUCAUUCUCGCGUCGACAAAGGCGACAAUCUUCUCCAUGGCCUCCUCGGCCUUUGGGUCCGCGAGGACCCCGUGGUAGCAAUCGUCCAGAACGUUAAGCUCCUUGUCUUCUGCUGCCGUGUCUGAGCCCUCAAAGAGGAGCUUCGAUCCAUCGAUCGGAACCGCAACGUCUGCGUCCCCGUGCACGAUGCAAAAUGGCCGGGAAAAUCCCGGAAUGGCGUUCCCGCGGGCGUCCUCCAGCGCCUUGAGCAGGUUGACGGCGGUUCCCAGCCGAAAGGGCUGCCCAAUCGCGUCGAGGCCCAUCUUGACCUUCUUGGGAUCCGUGUAGAGCUCCACCACCUUGGGGUCCUUCCAGAUCCGAUCUCCACUGACCGUGUUGGGCAUGAAAAAGGGUGUCCAGGUGGGUGCAAGCGGCGCCAGCACGUACCGCAGCAGCUGGUACACUGGAAAGCCCGGGACAUCCCCUACAAUGGCAGGGCAGAUAAGGAGGGAGGCGUCCAGGUUCGGAGGCGCCUCUUCUGGACGGUCCUGAAAGUAACGGGCCACGAGGAGCGUUAGGCAACCGCCAAAAGAUUCCCCGGAGAUGAACAUCGGAAUGCUCUUAGGGUGCUUGCCUGCCACUAAUUUCAAAAACCAAAUUAAAUCGUCGCGACAUCCUUGCCAGGUCGGUAUGUAAAAUCGCGUGCCUUCCGACAAUCCGUGGCCGUAUUGAUCCUAGCAAAAAAGACAUGAUGCGAUGCGAUGUGUUGCGAUAAAACGCAAUGAUCAUUGGGGAAGGAUAUGAGCAAAUUAGAAAUUUCCAACAAUCCUUCAUACAAUUGCUCCGUGGAUUCGCAACAGAAACAGGCAACCACAACAUACACAAUACCAGACCAACGACGACGACGAAGAACCAAUCAAUAAAUCCCCACUCACCCUUGCGUAGACGGCAAACCCCUUCGCUCUAAAGGUAUCUACCAAAAUCGCCACAUCUAGCGGCCGGCCAUCGAUCCGCGACGCAUGCCCACACUCCGAGCUGAUUCCAUGGGUAUAGACUAGGACGCCCUUGAUGGGAUUUCCGCUCUCGGGCAGCCAGUACCGGUAGUGCAGGUUCGCCUUGGCUCCGCCGCCGGCGUCUUCGCCGCUGCAGGAUUCGUACCACCCGUGCUGGCAGCCAGCCCCCGUGGUGGCGUCGAUGGCAUCGAUCUGUUCCUGCGUAGGAAAGUCUUCGGGAGGGAUCUGGACCUGUACGGUCUUUCCGAAGAGCUCACGCGAUUCAAAAUUGGUCGACAUGGCAGUGUUGUUCUCACUCAUGGUGGGUUUGUUGGGGUUUGUCAAGUGCAAGUUGUGUCGUUUAGAGUGGUUGAGAAUUGUUCCUCGAAUCCGACUAGCGAUGGGAAAGCUGGACCCUAGAUCUGUCAGUCCUGCAAAUGAGAUGAUUGCGAUUGCGAUUGAUACUUUGGUGCGAAUAGAUCGCCCAAAGAUCAUUUUGUUGCGAAAUGAACUGUGUCAAAGAGCGCCGGAAGCACCUGAAUCGUGAGGAAACCUUCAAUGACACCUGUAUUUCUACCUACUUUGUACAGAAUGUACGAGGUUGUGGUGUGAAAUAUCGCGUCCGAUUUAUAACAGGUUAUGAGUCAAGUUUUCGCGAGCCAUUUUUAGUAACCAGGAGCAAGCUUUGCAUGCUUGUUAGUGCUACCAAAGCACCAAUCAGAAUUAGAGAAUCUGUCAGUCGGAAAGGGUUUUCUUUUCUCUUUCCAACAAUGUGCACAUUGCUGGGUGUUUCUUUCAGAAAACCUUAUCGGGCUUGUUGAUUUCUCUCCGGACCGAAAAAUCCAAAAAACUCUCAUUUAUUCAACCUCAACAUAGGGACCUGUCACCUCUUUAGUUCAACACUUAAACCAACACUAUCAGCGCAAUUGACAUACAGGAUCUCUUCAUUAUUAUAAGGGGAAGGGGACCGUGAAGUAUCGGAUCGAUCGACCGGAUAGUUUUGGAGCAACAGGGGACCAAAGCUACACAGCGAAAAAUCAGUGUGAAAACAGCAACGACGAACUCCCCAGUGUAACUAAAAAGAAACCAUCUUCCCCUCGAUAAAACACACAACCAGUGUCCGUAACCUUCUUAAUACAUCAAAGGAGACUUGAUCACAAAGUAUCAUUGCAAUCGGCCGAGUAUUUGGAAAGAAAAAGCAGUUUUUGCUGUAUUUUGGGUCCAAAAUGAGCAAUAACAACAUCAACAGCUGCAAAAGCAACACCACCAUCACCACAGCAGCCAUUGGAUCGGUUCCGAAUGGAUACUCGGUUGCGCCGUGUCCUAGGACUCUUGCCGCUGGUUUGAACCUAUUCAAUAUGAGGGACCAGGGGUUGCAUUGCACUGUGAAAGGAGCUAUGGAAUUUGCAGGCUUUUCAACUGAGCAGGCAAGCAACAGAACACUGCAAAGAAGAGUACAGAGAUGCUCUGAAAGAAUAAAGGUGAGGCCCUGUGAGUAUGUCGCCCCACCAUUGCCACCAACAAAGGUCUCCAGUAUCACCACAGACGAAGAAGAAAGAAAGAAGAAGCACCCCCCCCCCCCCUUGUCUGAUAUUACAAACAAUAACAACAAGAAGCGACCCAAGGAAAAACAAAUGCUGGAUAAGGAGAACAAGAAGCUGAAAAAGCAUAAGGAAAAUAAGGAUACAGCUUCACAGUUGCAUGCAAGACUAAAGAAGGAUUUCAAGGAUGCUGAGGUUGAAAGGAAGGCCUACAUGGCGGUUAUUUCGAAGGUAAAGCAUCAACGAGCAAAUUUGAAAAAGCAACUGCAUACGUCCAUUGCGAAAAUUGUGAGGGAGACGAAUAUGAUUUAUCAGGCUAAUAUAAAACCAGAUACGGUGCGGAGACGGCUUCGCUUGGGCUUGGAAGAAACCCCCCCUAAAAAGGGGCGAAGGGCGGUUCUUCCUGAAAAGAUUGAAACGGCUUUUAUCAAUGCAAUGACGUCUUGGGUGAAUCUAGGCUGUUCAGAUAUGAACGUUCAACCUCGUCGCCCAGAGCUACUCCAAAUGCUACUUGCGUGCCUUGAGAGUGGACCAACGGUACUACAAGACCAGCAUUCCCUGUUCAAACGAUUGUACAAAGUGGUUUGCGAUAAAGUGAAAGUUGUGACGGGUAAUUCAAGAAUGGAAGAACGACGCGCCCAGUGGACAACGUAUAAUAAGAUUAACACCUUCUUUGAUUCACUACGUGAAAAGCUUGUCGACCUUGGAUUUGCUCGAGUUAGAAUGGAUGGUGAAGACGGUGAAGGAGAACUGGUGUUUCUUCCGAACCAGUUUAAUCGUAUUGUUAAUCUUGACGAGAGUGGUUUGACWUURGACRGCUGUUCAUAUCUYGCUGGYGGUCGACAACCUACUCKGUWUGGGCCUGCAAGCAAGAAUAUUGCCUGCGGUGCUGAUCGCACGAACAAGAGCAGCUCGCGAAUCACUCUUGUAGCUGGAAGCAAUGCGGCUGGAUAUCCUCUCGUCCCUCACUUCCAACUAAAAUCGACAGCAAAGGAGGAAGACRACAAGAGGAUWCAYRCAGCUUUUAUYGACGGUGUCCCAAAAACGGAGGGUAUCUAUGGUCGCGUUGGGCGAGUUGAAAAUGGUAUUACAGUCAACUGUAACGAGACUGCAGGAAUGAACGCUGAACAAUUUUUGAAAUAUAUCAAAGACAACGUWAUGAGGCUUUCGUUUCCUGAUGCCGCUGAUAUUCCAGGCCGGCGAGUCCUUUUGAUCCUUGACAGUGGUCCAGGAAGAAAAUAUGAAGAGUUGCUGGUGAAGCUUCGUGCAAAGGGUUUUUAUCUUCUUCCUGGCGUGCCAAAUUCAACGCAUGUCACUCAGCCAACCGACAGAAACUACGGUCCGUUCAUAUUCGAUGUACAGACGAAACUUGGAAAAGCUGGUGUUGCACCGUCGAAAAAAUGGGGAGAAGGUCCGCCAGACCGAUUUUCCUCUACUCGUUUUUGGUAAGCGGAAAAAUUGGUACGAACCGGUACAUCUUGAGCACGCCUUCCACGAAGCCUUUGCGGUUGAGAAGACAAAGGCAGUAUGGGCCAAGAUCGGCAUAGUGCCUUUUACGCGACGCUGCCUCGACGACCAGAAAGUUGCUCAUGAAUUAGUUAUGCUCCCAGACGGUAGCAUUGAUGUUGACGCUGAUCCUAAGACAGCUGAGCUUGUUGAAUGGGAACAAGUGAAUGAUACGGCAAUUCAAGUACUGAAUGAAGCUGGAUUUGAUGGUGAGAUUUACCGAAUGUAUGCUCCAAGGCUAUCAGCUUCUGCAACACCAGUGACAAAAGCUGGGACGAGGGAACGGCAAAAUGCGAUUGGCACUGUAAAAUACUCUAGUGAGCAUUUUAUUAGGACCAAAGGCGAUACACUGAACAGUGACGACUACUUCAUUGCUGAAGAACGGAAGAGGCGACAACAGCUUGUWAAGGAUCUGGAAACAGCRAAGAAGAAAUCCCAAGCAGUUWGUGAGUUGAAUGCRAAGGCGACUGCGGUGAUUCAGGAAUUGGUAUCRAAGGGGAAAGAUAUUUACAAGGAGGAAGAUGCCAAGUCACUUCCAGUCUCAACACUCAAAUUGUUGUGCCAGUGGAAACAGCAGAAGAAAAUCCCUGCAAAGAAAGAGAGUGUAUUUGGUUUGUGGAUGCAGGUCAGGAAUCUCCCUUCUGCAGAGCCUUCCUGGAGGGACUCUGAUGAAGCUCAAAUGCAGAACCUGAAGGAAGAAGAUAUCACAAUAAGGGAGACUGCAUUAGGAAGGGAGAGAGUUAGGCAACAAGAGGAUGCUAUAAACUGCCUUGCAGCCAUGACUGAGGAGGAAAGAACUCUUAGAAAUCUUCCUUCUUCAGUUUUGGAGGCUCUAAAGGAAGUGGUUGGUACAGUUGCUGAAGUGUAAGUGGUGUAGUUUAUGUUAAGAGAAAUCUGUUCUUGGAAUCGAUUUUGAUUUCAAUUUUAUUGCAUGCAAAUAAGCAGUGUCCGGAUGU